AUGCUUUAUCUUUUGGUUCAAGUUAAUGAAAGUAUUAAGUGUGUUAUUUCUGAACGUGUAGUGAGUAUAGAAGCCAUAGAUAAUAAAUUUUCUGACCUUUUUGAUGCAAUAACAUUAGGACAAUAUAACGAUAGGGAGUCAAAUUUAAAUACACAAGAUAUUCCUAUUCCGACUCAAAAUAGAGAAAGUGCUUUUAGCAUUUUAAUGCAAAAUUCAAGAAAACUUUUACUUCCUCAACGUAUUACUGAAUAUAAUAAUUGUGAUCUACUUUAUAAUGAAAUUAUCGAACUUCUUCAAGAUCUAAAAGUUGGCUGGAUGGGUGGUGUGCACGAUACGAUUGGCAAAAUAUUUGUAAAUCGUAUUAAGGAUGCAAUCUGGUAUAUUGAUCCACAUCACUCCACAUUAAAUGCACGUUCAUGUCACUUGCCUAUCCUUUUCACACAACUGAAAACCUAUCAAGAUGGUGAUACAUAUAACCAAUAUUACCAUUCCGGUCAUCAUAAAAAAAUUCAAUUGUCACAACAUAAACUUCUUCAACUUUCAAGUUUUCUUGGAUUAUCUAUUAGUCAACCAUGGGCAAGUAAUGAUAUAUGGAAUCAAGUAGUUCCAGCAAUUCUUUCGCUAAUUGGAAUUCUGGAAAAAUAUGUUCAGUAUCUAAAUGAAGCUACUAUUAUUAUGACCAAGCAUCACCAUUGUGAUGAAAGUGCUCGCUGUCCUGAAAAUAACUGUAUUAUGUAUCGGACUGCUGCUUGUAAACGUGAUAACCUCAAAGAUAAAUAUAAACAACUGAACAAUCUUUUAUUUGAAAAACAACUCAUGUUUCCAAUAGGCAUAUAUAGGUAUCAUCAAGGCAGUCAUUUGGGAACCAUUAAUUUUGUAUGGAAAAUUCCUGAAGCUGAAGAAUUUAAUGAUGAACAAAAUGAAACGUUGAAAGUACGAAUGCUUGCUAGGAUUCACGAAGGUUUACCUCAUUAUUUUACACGACAAAUGCAAAAGAAUGUGCUUAAUAAGAAAGUUACACCAGCUGUACUACGUAUGCUUCAUUUUGAUCUCACUGGUAAUGCUGCCGUAUCUUCAAAUUCUAUCAGUCGUGAAGUAGAAGAGAGAUUACUAUUGAUGUUAACUUUGGCAGAUCCCACCAUUAUAUCUGAUUUGCGAACAAAUAAUGGUUUUGAUGGAACAAAAUUUAAUAUAUUUUGGGAUGAAACAGAAGCAUAUUUCAAUGAACAGAACUUGCUUGCAGUAGAUGAACGGAGACAUGAAACUAUUCUAUACAUGCCAUUAGCCUUAUCUGUUCGUGAUCUUCGUGAAAUAAUAAUGGAAAAAUUAUAUAUCAUCCAUGGUAAUCCUCUUCCUUUUACUAUUCAUAUUCCAUCAGAAGAAUGGAUCCGCCUACAGUUUUGCCCUACAAAUGCUAUUGCAACACGAUCUAUACAUCACACUGGUCGAUUCAACGUAAAAUUUAAGGUACAAGGUCGGUUGCUUCUGAAAAAUAGUGAUGAUGCACAUUAUUGUGCAGCAUUUUUCCGGUAUCUUAGAGAAUUUUGCAUUAAGUACCAUCAGUGGACUUGUUUGAUUUCUGCAGAUGACAAACAUAAAGUUCCUAUUGGAGAAGAUUUUGCAGUUUCUACAGUUACGUUUUUCAUAUCAAUCCCUGAGGAUAUUUUUGGAUCAUUUUAUGAUGGUCAAGUUUUUGUAUCUUAUAAAGAUACAACCUUUGAGCCAAGUUCUGCCAUCAGACAUUCAACUGAGUUUUUAAAUGCUCUUAAUAUCCAAUAUGAACAUCAAGUAACGCCACCAAUACUAUGCCUUUAUACUGAUGGAGGGCCGGAUCAUCGAUGCAAUUAUGGAUCUGUGCAGAUUGCAUUGAUUGCUCUUUUUCUACAGGGGGAUUUUGACAUGCUCAUUGCAGUUCGCACUGUGCCCAAUCAUAGCUGGACAAAUCCAGCUGAACGUAUUAUGAGUAUCUUGAAUUUGGGUUUACAAGGUGUAGCACUUAAGCGUAAUCAGAUGAGUCCUGAAUCUGAAGCUUUGUUUGAAACGGCAAAUACCUUAGAUGAUAUACGUAAAAAGGCUCAAGAAUUUAAUGAAUUAAAUUCUGAAUUAAUAGAGAGUAUAGCAAAUAUUCAAGACAUGUUAAAUAAUCGAACAGAACGGCUAGUAUUAAAAGAUAAGAAAUUCAAAUGUCAUGGAUCAGCAAGUGAAGAAAUAAUUACUAAAUUAUUUGAGAAGUCAAUUUUUGUUAUAGACCCCACUUUGAAAAUUGACGAAACCACACAAUCGCAAAUACGUCGUCAUUCUGCAUUGAUUGAAUUUAUGGAUACUCAUUGCCAUGCGCGCGCCUAUAGUUUUCAGAUAAAAAAGUGCAAUAAUCCUACUUGUCCAUAUUGUAAACCAAUUCGUCUUCCUUCACAAGAAUUUCAUGAUUUGAGUUUUCUUCCAGAUCCGAUCCCUUCGCAAGAGAAUACUGACCAUUACGCGGCUUUUCAAAGUGUCUAUGGAACUGAAACUACCGAAGAAUAUAGACCAACAUAUAUGCAAUCACAGGCGAACGCAGAACCUAUUCCAAAAUCUAUUCUAGUUGUAGGGAAAAUCCGUGGUUAUAUUGAUUGUGAAGAUUGUAAAAAGCGUCGCUGUGUGUAUAGUGACAAAUUCUUGAAUAGUGACGAACAACAAGAUUUUCAACAAGUACUAGAGUCAUAUUCAUACUCCUGCGGUGCACCAAUUUUUCCUGAUGAUCACUACUUGAAAGAAGUAGUGUUUGUACGAACACGUAUCAAUUGUGACUCACCAAUUGAAGUAUUGUAUUAUUCAAGCCGUAAAUCAGGAAAUUAUCCAAUUUGUUACUAUUGUGGAGAAAGUGAAGGUUUGGUGGCACCUCCGGAAUCUUUGAAACAGCGUUUCAAACAAAUUUAUCCACUAUGUGAGAUGUGUAUAGAGAAUAGAAAAGGUUUUCAUACUAAAGGAGAGAUUAAGACUAACGGACGUGCCUCAAAGCGCCGUAAAACAUAG